AUUCGCAGGCGCCCACUGGUCUACGUCAUGAGCCUGCUGAUUCCCAGCAUCUUCCUCGUGCUCGUGGAUCUGGGAAGCUUUUACCUGCCACCCACCUGUUGAGCCAGGAUUGUGUUCAAGACCAAUGUGCUGGUGGGCUACACCGUCUUCAGGGUCAACAUGUCUGAUGAGAUGCCAAGGAGCGCAGUGAGCACCCCUCUGAUUGGAGUCUUCUUCACAAUUUGCCUGGCCUUCUUGGUUCUCGGCUUAUUUAAGUCCAUCCUAUUGGUCACAUUCCUCCAUGAUGAGUGCUGCAGGGAGCAAGAGUGGCCCCUCUCAUGCCUUCAAGGGGACAUUGACGCUGACGGGCCUAGAAGAGAUCCCCAAGCCCAGCCUGCUGGGGUGACAGAGCCCUCGGUCUGUCGAGAACACCAGGCCGAGUCAGAGACCCUGAAGGAAGUCUCGUUCCAGCUUAAGUCCAUCAGCACCUACUUCUAAACCUGGGACCAGGAGGACCGACAAGAGUCUCUGGAUCAGCAGCAGCAGCACGGGAACUGUUAAAAUGCAGAAUCUUGGGUCCUCUCAGACCUACUGAAUCAGGAUCUGAAUUCUGACCUCAUCCCAGAGGAUUCGUUUGCCCACUGCAGUGACAGAAGCGUGGAUCUAAAGAAUGAUGAUGAGCUGUGACUCAUCAGCACACCAGGCAGAGGUAGACCUGAGACCGGAGGGGCCACAGCACAGUCAUCUUUCCUGCGUCCAGAACAAACCCGACACAGAGCACAGGCACACAGGGUGCUAGGCGGGGAACAUGCACUCCCCCCCAAAAGCCGAGCUGCAGCGGGUUGAAGCCUUUGUCGUCUUCUGGUAUCAAAGCACGAGGGAUGAGGAUGGGGGAAGGACUCCAGGUGACAGCUCUGCAGGUCAGAAGUCCGAGAUCAGUUUCACUGGGUGAAAGUCAAGGUGAAGGCUUCCAGCGGCCACCUGCGCACCUGGGCUCAUGGCUCCAUCCUCCACCUUCCAAGCUCAUCUCUGGUUUCUGCCUCUGCCUCCACAUGGCUUUCUCCUAUCCUGUCAUCACACCUCCUCUGCCUCCUUCUUAGAAGAACGCUCUAGCUUACAUACUGAGAAGCUUGUGUGGAUUCUCUCACUCCUCCGUUCAUUCAGCGGACUCCAUCAAGCACAGAGGAGGAGGCCCCAGGCAGAUGGGAGACACUGCAGAUCCUAAGAUGCUGGGCUUGAAGAUGGAUUUAGGAAUCCACAAAUGCCCUUCCUGAGUUUGAGCCCCUUCAAGACCUCAGCCUGGACGCCUGGGGACAGCCUGGUUCUUCUUGCCUUGUCCUGCUGUCAAGCCUGGAUGUACUCGUUCUGGAGUGGAGUGAGGAAGCACACGACUUCAGAGAAGCGUAGCCCGAUCUCCUUGAGCUGGACCAAGCGUUCCGGCACCAAACUCUGGCUAAUAGCCAUCCAAAGGGACUCCAUCCGAACUUGGCGACUGUCCAGCCCUGGUGGCCCCUCAGCAGUGGGAGGCUGCAGCCUCAGAGGUGUGGAAGGCGGCCCUGAGGAGGCAGGCCGGCUGGGACAUGAAGCCGGCAGAGUGUGGGCAGCCUGCUUGUCAGCACGUCUUACCCUGAGGCCACUCCAAGGCAGCUCACGCCCGGGGAAAGUCACCAUGCUGUCGUGGGUGCCACGGGUCCUGCUGGCCUUGCUUCUGCCCACACUCCUGGCACAUGGACAAGCCAGGCGCAGGGAGCACCCCCAGGCUCAGAACACCUCUAGGCCUGCUCUGCUGAGGCUGUCAGAUUACCUCCUGGCCAACUACCAGAAGGGCGUGCGGCCCGUGCGGGACUGGAGGAAGCCAACCACCGUGUCCAUCGAUGUCAUUGUCUAUGCCAUCCUCAGCGUGGAUGAGAAGAACCAGGUCCUGACCACCUACAUCUGGUACCGGCAGUACUGGACAGAUGAGUUUCUCCAGUGGAACCCUGAGGACUUCGACAACAUCACCAAGCUGUCCAUCCCCACCGAGAGCAUCUGGGUCCCAGACAUUCUCAUCAACGAGUUUGUGGACGUGGGGAAGUCUCCAAGUAUCCCGUACGUGUAUGUCGGGCACCAUGGCGAGGUCCAGAACUACAAGCCCCUCCAGGUGGUGACCGCCUGUAGCCUGGACAUUUACAACUUCCCCUUCGACGUGCAGAACUGCUCGCUGACGUUCACCAGCUGGCUGCACACCAUCCAGGACAUCAACAUCUCCCUGUGGCGCUUGCCAGAAAAGGUGAAGCUCGACAAGACUAUCUUCAUGAACCAGGGCGAGUGGGAGCUCCUGGGGGUGCUGACCCAGUUUCGUGAGUUCAGCAUGGAAAGCAGCGGCUGUUACGCAGAGAUGAAGUUCUUCGUGGUCAUCCGCCGGAGACCCCUGUUCUACACAGUCAGCCUGCUGCUGCCCAGCAUCUUCCUCAUGUUCAUGGACAUCGUGGGCUUCUACCUGCCUCCGGACAGUGGCGAGAGGGUCUCCUUUAAGAUCACACUCCUCCUGGGCUAUUCUGUCUUCCUGAUCAUCGUGUCGGACACGCUGCCGGCCACAGCCAUUGGCACUCCCCUCAUUGGUGUCUACUUCGUCGUGUGCAUGGCGCUCCUGGUGGUGAGCUUGGCUGAGACCAUCCUCAUCGUGCGGCUGGUACACAAGCAAGACCUGCAGCAGCCCGUACCCGCCUGGCUGCGGCACCUGGUCCUGGAGCGGGUGGCCCUGCUUCUUUGCCUAGGGGAGCAAACAGCUUCCCGACGGCCCCCGGCCACCCCCCGAGCCGCCAAGACCGAUGACUGCUCAGAUGUGGGGAACCACUGCAGCCAUUUGAGAGGACCCCAGGACUUGGAGAAGACCCCAAGGGGCCGAGGCAGCCCCCCACCACCACCGCGGGAGGCCUCCCUGGCAGUGUGCGGGCUGCUGCAGGAGCUGUCCUCCAUCAGGCAUUUCCUGGAGAAGAGGGACGAGAGCCGAGAGGUGGCCCGGGAAUGGCUGCAUGUGGGCUCCGUGCUGGACAGGCUGCUCUUCCGCAUCUACCUGGUGGCGGUGCUGGCCUACAGCAUCACCCUGGUUACUCUGUGGUCCAUCUGGCAGUAUUCUUGAGUAGGCACAGCCCAGUGGGGGUGUUUUGAGGGAGGGGUAGUAAGGCACUGGUUAGAAUGGGGAUUGAGGAUUUCAGGGCCCAGCAGAUGCCAGGGAUGUUUUCAAGACCCUGUCCAAUGCCAGUAAUUCUGAAGCAGGGCCUUAACUCUUCCCCAAAAGCUUGAUGUUCAAGACUCUUGUACCCCACCCCACCCCACCCAACUUAUCAUGGCUUUAAAACAUGCUGUCUUUGAUCUAGAAAAACCCAUGCAUUCCCUAACUUCAUUCUAUUUAUCUGUGUAUCAAUCCUUGAUUUCCCCAUUGUCACUUCCCUGAAUAAGGCACUUUGAAAUUCUGCUCCUCCCCCUUUAGCCUUGUUUUUAGAUACAAAGCAAACCAACUCUCUACUGCACAUGGCUGGUAACACUGCAUUAGGUUUAUUCAACCGUAAUGGUCUCCUUCUUCACCUCACCUGUAGCCACUUCCCUGAAUACUCAUGUUCCUUUGGAUGAUGGUGGGGUAGGGGGCGGGUGGGGGUAAUAAAAUAC